AUGGCGGUUCACGGCCAGCACAGGUACUUCUACUGUCGUACUUUGCAGGUUCAGUUGGGAUCUGGGAACUCUUCCAAGACUUCACAGAGUGUACCAGAUGUUUCUGCAACAGAGCCCUGCAGCCAUGUGGUGGAAGAAGCAAAGGAUGAAAUAAAAUCCCAAGAAUUAAACCUGGAAGAGCAGCCAAACACCUCAACUGGUUCAGCUAAGGACUCUGAUGCCAAAAUCUCAGGAAAUGUUGUGAUUAGAAAACCUGCAAAAGUGAUUUUUGGUUUAGAUGAAUCUGAACUGAAAUCAAAGCUAGAGCAACCAUGGAAGAAAAAUCUUUUUGAAAGAGUGGAGGCAAGAGCCCAGGCAAUGCAACAGAAAAUAAUAGAGAAGGAUAAUCUGAAGAAAGAGCUAGAAAAAAAGGCUGAAAAAAAACUCCCUAAGGAUAGUUUGGCCAAAGAAUGGUUUAAUACUGAAAGCAUGACACUGACUACCCGUGCAUAUUUGCUGGAUAAGCUCCUACCCACCUUGGUUCCUGGGGUUGAAAAAAUGUUAGUACAAUUAGAAAAGAAGACUCUUUCAGCAAAAGCUGAUAUUCCAAUCAAGUUUGACCCAAUUAAUUAUUUGGGGGAAUAUUUAAUGAGAAACAAUCCUUAUUAUAUUAAAGACCAAAGAAUGUCUGGUUACCAAAGGGUAAUGAAAGAUGUCACAGAAGACCUGAAGAUACAUGUUCCCGAUACUAUCUGCAACAGAAUAUCCAAGAUGAAAGCGAAUGUUAAACAGAAAAGAAAACAAAGAGAAUACAUUCACACAGUUAAAACCAAGGUGGUUGGCAUGAGGAAACACGCUCUAGAGGAACAGUUCGAUGAAUGGAUUCUAGACCCCAAAGGAAAAAUUCCUAUGAUAGUGAUUCAGAAUGCUAUUCGUGAUUUUUUUCAGAAGGCAAACUUAGACCUCCAAGCACAUUGGAAAGAAUUGAGUAUUAUUGAAUCAACGGAACCAAGACUGAAUAAAUUGGAAUUUACGCAAUUAGUGUCAUUCAUGAUAUGAAAAUGUGAAAAACUUCCACUGACACCUUCUGGUAAGAUCAAGAAAAAGCAGCAUCUUACGUUCAAAGGAAUCUGGUUGUAUGAAUAAUAAUGAG